CUCACGCGAGACUCGUUGUGAGCUGUUGCGUCCAUUUUCGGUAGAGGUAGAGACUCACGGCUGCCAUGCAUGCACCUUCCUCCCGUACCUUGCUCACUCUCGUGCUGGGCGUUGCACCAGGGUGAACACCUCAAGAAGAUGUUUCUUGUAACGGCCACUCCCGGUCUAACACCACUGCUCCGUCAUGACCACCAAUCCCUCAACUAGGCCUUCAACUCACCUGAUACUAAGUACAACUUCUGUCCUCCUUCGAUCUCUUCGCAACGUUCUUGCUUGUUUGGUUCGGCUUGUGAGGCCCAUCUUCCGUGGUCCAUCCUUUUCUGCUUCCACCGCACUCAUCAUUCGUCGACCUUCGCCGGACAAGACAGAACGACAGAUCCAUUGCUAUCACCGCAGUCCUUGCCGUCUACCACCGCCCGAACAUCGACUGGACCGGACUCCGUUCUUGAUUUGUCUACCGAGCGAAAUAACGCAUACGCCAUUGCUGCCGAUCUUCACGGCCGGAACAAGUCUGAGACGCCGCAAGACCUGAUCGACAUAGUGCCUCGAGGUUGACCAAGUCACUCACGUGUCAGCUCGUUGGGCGCAAUCUCCCGCCCACUACUUGCUGGACAACCAUCGACCAUGAUAUGACCCGAACUGGACCGUUUACAUCACCUUUCAUUGACAUGGAAUGCAAGCUGGCGUCAGACAA